AUUCGCCAGUCAACCCAGCAGCAAGCAGCAGCGCAGCGCAGCAGAAGUUGCAACCGCCAGAAUUUUCCCUCCCAAAAUCCAGCAACGAUCCCGCGCAAAUUCGGCAACUGAUUAGAAACUUUUUUUUGCUCGCGUUUUCCACCGGUGGUUAUGGUGAGAUUUUGUGCCCGGAAAUGAACACCGUGAUUAGCUUGUUCGAGCGGCAGUGCGGAAAUGGAUUCGUGGCGUCGUACGAUCCGGUGCUGGCGAGGUUGGCGGUGAGCGAGCAGGACAGCUGGAGGGGGAUCAGCCCGUCGACGAUGUCGGCGGAUUUUAAUCCUUCGCCGCCGAUUCUGGCGGCCAAGUUUGCCAAGUGUGCGGGGCAGGAGCAUAUUUUGGCGAUUGCCAAUGAGGACGGGAAGGUGGCGAUUCAGGACACGAAUUUGCGGAAUGAGGAACCGGGCGGGGAACGUGCGUUGGAAGGGGAGCAGUGCCACCUGAAUGCGGUGUUUGACAUUGAGUGGAUGCCGCGGGACAUGAAGCUGGUGUCGGCGUCGGGGGACCAUACGGCGCGGUUGUGGUCGUUGACGGAAUCGUCGUUGGUGAAUAGUCAGGUGUUUAACGGGCACACGAGAUCGGUCAAGACGGCAGCGUUUCGGCAGACGGAUCCGGCGGUGUUUGCCACUGGGGGACGGGAUGGAGUUAUAAUUCUGUGGGACAUUCGUGCGCAACUGGGGUCGGAUAUGGCGCCGCGGGCGGACAAUUGCAUCUUUAGUGGUCAUGCUGGGGGACCGGGUACGCCGUCAACACACCGGAAGAGGACACGUGCUACGCCGAAGAUUCCACCGAACGGGUGCAGCAGCAGCAUAACUGGGUUGGCCUUCCAGGACGAUAACACGCUGAUUUCGUGUGGAGCCGGUGAUGGGAUCAUCAAGGUUUGGGACGUUCGACGGCACUACUCGACGCAUAACCGGGAACCGUUGCCAAAGUAUUCGUUCCCGUACGCCGGAACGACCACGUUGAAGGGAUUCACGAAUCUGCAAAUCGAUUCGUCCCGGAUGCGGUUGUACGUGAAUUGCAUGGAUAAUUACAUCUACUGCUACAACAUUUCGACGUACGCGACCCAGCCGAUUCAGCGGUACGGUGGAUUCAAGAACGGAACCUUCUACAUCAAAUCUUGCCUCAGCCCGGACGGGCAAUAUCUCAUCAGUGGAUCAAGCGACGAAAAGAGCUACAUUUGGAACGUGGACAAUCCAAACCCGUUGGUACGGUUGAACGGCCACACCGUCGAGGUGACCAGCGUGGCGUGGAUGCAAAGUUCGCUCGAAACACGGAUCGUGACCUGCAGCGACGAUGCACGGCACAAAAUCUGGCGAAUCGGCCCCGAAGACAUAUCCCAGGACGAACUCGCACAAUACCGCGGCAACACGGAGUACUGCGAAAACUACCGCCAAGAAAAGGCCAAGGUCCGGUUGAAGGCGCUCGAGUUCACGCCGCGAUCGGUCCGACGCCUCGUCGAACGAAACGAAACCACCCCAAAUACGGUGGAGAAGAAAGCCACCUCCAAGCGGACCUUCACGGAAAUGGCCGGCAAUGACCAUCAAGACCCAUCAACGUCCUAUCUGGAAAUCAAACGACCCAACAUCGAAACCCGUGGUCGUCGUCUGUUCAGCCCCGCAAACACAAACUCAAAAUUUUCUGGUUUUUCAGCGCUCGAAAUUGCCUCAACGUCCUCCUCCUCCCGAAGUCUCAACACAAUCCUCGAGGAAAGUGGCGACGACAAACCCAGCUCACCGAGCUACAAAGUUCCCCUCACCCUGUCCGACAUGAACCUCCGCUCACCCCCGGAACCCUCCUCCAGCAGCACCGCCGCAUCAUCACUCUCCUCCCCCACCAUCAACCUGCCCAACUUUGUCAUCGACGGAGACGCGCCCCAUCUCGCCAACGUCACCACCAACUCCAACAAGCGCAAACUCAAGGAAAACGUCGACUGGCUCACCAAAAUCCGCAAGCAAAAACUCCUCCAAGCGGCCAAAUCCGUCGAAAACUCCACCUCCUCAAACCCGGAAGACGUCUCCCUCCUCCUCUCCCCGCGCCUUCAAAUGCUGAAAACCUCCGACGACGGCCAGCAGCCGACGACGCCCCGCCGCCGGACGGCCUCCCGGUGCGGCUCGACGGACGGAACGCAGCCCCGGACGCCGAGCAGCAGGCGAAACUCGGUCGGCCCGCCGAGCACACCGGAAACGUCCAUCCUGCGAUUCUUCAGCGUCACGACGCCCACCGGAAGUGGAUCAAGCUAAGCGCGGCGGAAUUCUCAAAAGGACGAGGUGUAAAUAGGUGUUGAUUUCCUACUUAUGUUUUUUUUUGCGCACACACUGCCACAAAGAUCUUCUUUUUUUUUACUUUUGCGAUAGUUAAAGUUGAUUCUUUAACGUAUUUGUCUCCCCUCUUUUCUUAAAUACCUAAUUACAUUUAUAGUAAAACAGUGCACGCUCUUUCACGUUCAGAGAGCAAAGAGAGAAGAAAAAUCAAUCUUGACUGAUGUUGUUAAUCUAUUGAUUUUAAAGUAAAAUAAAUCGAAUGAAUUGGACGAAACUAACCAGAUUUUUCACAGGAAAAUAAAAUUUACACACACGCUUUUAUUGCUUUAAGUUUCUACGGUUUUUCAAUGUUUUGUACAGAAAUAUCAAAUCACUACUUACCAAAAAAAU